AUGAGAAAUCAAGACAUCGUUGGUGAGGCCCUGGCCUCUGUCCUUCCUCAAUAUGGUCGCCCUUGGUAUCGGGUAUCUCAUUUACUACAUCUCAAUCUCAUUCUGCUCAUUCCGUUACUAUCAUCGUCAGUGGCUGGAUAUGAUGGCUCUCUUAUGAAUGCUCUACAGUCCAUCGCUGAGUGGAACGACUAUUUCGGCAACCCCUCUGGCUCGGUUUUGGGAGUUGUAAAUGCGGCCCAGUCUAUCGGGAGCGUCAUCUCGUUGCCCUUUGUCGCUGUCUUGUCGGACAGAAUUGGAAGACGCCUAACCUUGCUUUCCGGUGCAAUCGUGAUCAUCAUCGCCUCUAUUAUUCAAGCAGCGUCAGUUCAUUAUGGCAUUUUGUAUUUUCACCCGUCGCCCAUGUUGAUCACUGAACUGGCGUAUCCAACUCACCGAGGGAAGUACACCAGCGCUUUCUGGACCAUGUACUAUCUUGGAGCUAUUCUGGCCUCAUGGGCCUCAUAUGGAACUCAAAUGCACCUCAAUAAAUCCAGUUGGAGCUGGAGAGUUCCAUCAAUACUUCAAGCUGGAUUUCCGAUCGUUCAGGUUCUCUUCUGGUGGGCUGUUCCGGAGUCACCACGGUGGUUAAUCGCCAAUGGACAGCCGGAAGAGGCUGAAGAAUUACUUGCCCGAUUCCAUACUGCCGGGGACACUUCGCACCCUCUGAUACAAUUCGAAAUGGCUGAGAUCGGGCGUACUAUCGAAAUGGAGAGUCAAGCCGCGGAGACCAAAUGGACAACGUUGGUUAAGACUCCUGGAAACCGCAAGCGCACAUUUAUCGCAGUCAGCAUUGGUGCCUUUGCACAAUGGAACGGCGUUGCGGUCGUAUCUUACUAUCUCACACUCGUUCUCGACACGGUCGGUAUCAAAGAUCCAAGCACUCAGACAAUGAUCAAUGGCCUGCUGCAAGUAUUUAACUUCAUUGCAGCUGGCAGUGCUGCUAUGUUGGUUGACCGAUUGGGUCGUCGUACCCUGUUUCUUUGGUCGGCUUCGGGAAUGCUCCUUUCCUUCAUAAUAUGGACUGCCUGCUCAGCUGUCUUUGACAGCACUCAGGGCAAGCCCCUUGGUAAUACGGUGAUUGCAUUUGUCUUCAUUUUCUUCUUCCAUUACGACAUCGCCUAUACACCGUUGCUAUUGGGCUAUCCAACUGAGAUCUUUCCGUAUUCCAUCCGAAGCAAGGGACUGACUGUUGAGCUAUUAAGUGUAUACGGCUCCCUUAUUAUACUGGCAUUCGUCAACCCGAUCGCUCUCGAUAGUAUCGGCUGGCAUUACUACAUCUUUUUCUGUUGUUUUGAUGUAGUGGUAUUGGCAGUAACUUGGCUUGCCUUUCCCGAGACGAAGAGCCAUUCACUUGAAGAGAUUGCCGAAGUAUUUGACGGGCCAUUACCUGCUACGAGCGGGAUUGUUUUUGCCAAGGAUGACGAUGCGGUCGGGAAAUGUGAACAUACUGAGCAUGCGGCAUAA